CUCAGAGCAGCGAAGGUCUUCCAGCCGAACGGCGAAACUACAGCGAGCAGUUCCCUCCCUCUCUCUUUUUUUUUUUAUAAAUAAGAAGACGUGGACACGUUCGGCACCGUGGGCCGACAGUGUGGACAUAGUGUCGGCGUUGCUGCUGUCGACGGAUGCGGGUGCAAGUGGAGAGAUAUUAAUAACACGCACACGUAAACUCGGGGUUGAACACUUCGCCCCCGUUUCUCGAGCGGACAAGGAUCAACACGGGAACAAUGGAGAAUCUGCACCCCCACUGCCUCAAGUGCAUCAACAGAAGAUGCAUGGUGAGACCAGAAGCAGGGGUUUCUUGCGACCUCAUCAGCUGCCCCCUUGUGUGCGGCGCCGUCUUUCACUCGUGCAAACUCGAGGAGCACCGUCUGCUGUGUUCGUAUGAGCGCCUGCCGUGCCUAAACAGCGUGUUCGGCUGCCCCUUCAGUAUUCCAAGGAUCAGGAUGGCACAACACCUUGAGACCUGCCCGGCGAGUAUUGUGUGUUGUACCAUGGAGUGGAACCGCUGGCCCGUGAGCUACGCUGAUCGCAAGUCCUAUGAAAACUUGAGCAAAGACUUUGACGAGGUGGAGCAGCUAGACAUGGCCUUGGCCCUGCAGGAUCAGCGGAUGCUGCUGGAGUCCCUGAAGGUUACGACCACCCUGUCAAAGAAUGGAGUCAAAGACACAGACGAAAGUGACAAGAUGGCUACGGCGUCAAGUUUACCAGAGGCAGUGUUGGGAAACAGAACAGUGGAAAUGGAAGAAGAGCCCUAUACUGAGUUGUACAGCAACUCACUGGAUGCGAGCAGGAGUUUAGCAGUGGCCUUGGAUAUCCUGUCUAAUUCCAAGGAUAUUGAUGUAAUCGUUGGAAAUCUAAAUGGGGAAAAGACUGAUAAGAACGGAGCACUCCGCAACGGAGAAAAUGGUGAUAAUCACAGUGUUUAUGUUGCCGAGGGUGGGAAGAAUGUAGAUAUGCAAGAGAGUGACUCUGAUUCCGAGUGCGAGCUCGGGGCGGUAGGCGGAGUCGAUUGUUCUGUGGGGACAGAUGGAGGAGAAGAGGGAACUGGCUGGGCAAAAGAAACUGAUUUCGUAGAGUUGUUUUUUGAGGAAAAGGAAGAAAUUAUUGAGGAGCCAAUAAAUGAUUCACACCUCAUCUGGCCAGAAAUGCCCCAGAAUUACGUGCCCCUCGUGGCUCUCGGGCCUCCCGUGCCACAACAAGCACCACUUUCACCCCCAAUGCCAUUCCUGCUGUCUGACCAUGUGAGAAAUAACUUCUUGCAACACUUACCCACCGAACUCAGGUAUAGGUGCUUGGAGCGUAAACUACAGAAUGUAGAAGUCCUCAGAGGAAUAAGUAUGUUUACAUUCAAUGGACGCCGAGCUCUGCUGUCAGACCCUUACUUGUUUCGAGCAAAGAUGGAAGACAAGGCAGUCGACACGUCGGACCUGGAGGUAGCCGACGACCCCAUGGGCCUCCACGGCAUUGACCUCAUCACUGCAGCUUUGCUCUUUUGCCUUGGCGAUUCUCCGGGGGGCAGGGGAAUCUCAGACAGCAGAUUUGUUGACGGCUACCACAUUGACUUUGGUACUCAGACAUUCUCCUUCCCUUCAGCCAUUCUCGCAACCAACACCAUGGUGGGCGACAUUGCUUCGGCUUCAGCCUGCGAUCACGCCAGCCCACAGCUUUCCAACCCCAGCCCCUUCCACACGCUCAGGCUGGACCUCGUGCUCGAAUGUGUGGCUCGAUACCAAACCAAGCAGCGCUCCAUGUUCACUUUUGUGUGUGGGCAGUUGUUCCGGCGGGACGAGUUUGCAUCUCAUUUCAAAAAUGUACACGGGGAUAUCCACGCUGGACUCAACGGCUGGAUGGAGCAACGCUGCCCCUUGGCCUACUACGGCUGCACCUAUUCCCAAAGACGAUUCUGCCCAUCUGUGCAGGGCUUCCGAAUCAUCCAUGACAGGCACCUCGGCUCGUUUGGGGUUAAGCCCGGACUACCUUUAAAAACUGGGGAAAGCAUUCCUAGAAAAACCUGCCACUUUGGCUCUCGGUGCGAUCAACUCAGCAGUCUUCCAUUUGAGAUCUUGCAACACGUAGCAAGCUUCCUGGACAGCUUUAGCUUGUGCCAACUAUCCCGAGCGUCCCGCACUAUGAGGGAUGUGUGUGCCAGUCUGCUCCAGAUGCGCGGUAUGGUCGUCCUGCUGUGGGAGAAGAAGCGGCGUGCAGACGGCUCUCAUUCGUGGCAGAUCACAGACAAGGUGUGGCGAUUCAGCACAGCUUUCGGUACAGUGAACGAGUGGAAGUUUGCCAACAUCGGCAGCAUUGCCGACCACCUCAAGAAGUGCAAGUUCAAUAAGAUUUCUCGCCGGGAGGAGGCCAUCCCUCUGCCGUGCAUGUGUUUCACCAGGGAGCUCACGAAAGAGGGCCGGUGCUUACGCUCAGUUCUCAAACCAGUAGCAUAAGUGAAGAAGUCACGUUUUGGACAUUUCUGAGACCUUCAGAAUUCCUCCAGUGUUUACAGUGUUUACAGACAUUAGUCUCCUUCCAGCCUUAAAAAAAAUCUUCACUCCUAUAAAUAAGACAAAGCCAAUAGUGGGCUGAUUCGACGUUCUGCAAUCACAGAUCCGGACGGUAACAAUCACAAUUUAAUCACUAACCUUGUAUCCUACACUACAAUGAAUUUAAUGACACCAUCGUACUGAAGUUCUACCUAAAAUCUACUCUGACAUAGUGUAAAUACUCAGACGUUAUGAUAUAGAUUUUUAUUUUUUAUAAGGAAAAAGUCAGUACUGUGUGCUACACUGGAGGUAAGAGUAGAGCUUUAACUUGUGAUACACUUGAUAUUCUAAUCUUUAGGUUGUCCAGAACAUCUCGGUGAGAUUUGUAGCCCUAACAGUUUACCGGUUAUCUUUGCACGGUUUUUAAUAUCUUAUCCCGAUACCUGGAGUGACCACCCGUGUGCUGCUUCGAGGCUCAUUAGAUUUCACGGCUUAAAUCCUACAUUUUCACACUGACCAAAAACACGAGUGGUAGCCGCUGCACGGUGUACGCCGUCAUACGCGGCGAUGGAACUGCGUCACUGUGGCUGUUAACGUUACCAGCACCGCCAUCGCAUUUAAAUGUUGUGUGUUUAGGGAUUUGUGGUUUGGGUGUGUGUGUGUGUCGCUGAAGCUUCGGCAGUGACAAAGGCAGGCGGUCAAUCUUCUUCAGUUGUUCUCUCAUGUUGGACUAACGGACUGACGUGUUCGUCAGGACGAGGAUGAUAGUGCAUAGACUAUUCACCAGCCAAAUGGCAGUAUAUAUAUAUAUAUAUAUAUAUAUAUAUAUAUAUAUAUAUAUAUAUAUAUUUUUAGCAGUGGUUUGUCUUUUUAUAUCAGCUACUCUGAUAGGUAACCAGCAAUUGUUGUGUGAGUUCUUUUUCCUCCAAAAAUCUAAAUGUAGCAAGUGAAAAACGAGAAUGUACGCAGUGAAUAUUAAGAAUCCAUCAGACGGCGACUGUCGGUGACGACGACGAGGAAGCUUGGUUUCCUUCCCUCAGCGUCAGACCUCAUGAAACCCUGCAGGCCAGGUGUUCAGAACUAAAAGCGGGCACACACACUUCCCUCCGGUCACGAGCCUCACUAAUUGUGUUCACGUUUAUUAUUUAUCAUGUUUGUAUGUUUCUGGAACCACCUGUCCACCGUGUUCAAAUGUUUCUCUCGUCUCAGGGUUAUAGCGUUAACGCUUUGUCUCGCAGUAGUACUCAGCCAUUGAGCUGGUGUGUGUGUGUGUGUGUGUGUGUGUGUGUGUGUGUGUGUGUGUGUGUGUGUGUGUGUGUGUGUGUGUGUGUGUGUGUGUGUGUGUGUGUGUGUGUGUGUGUGUGUGUGUGUGUGUGUGUGUGUGUGUGUGUGUGAGAACAAGAUUUGCUCAGAGCGACACAUUGACUUGUCGGCUACUUGAUUAUUGUGGGGUCUUACAGCUGACUGGUGUACCACCCAGUAUUAUAAUAACAUAACCGUGUGUGUGUAUUGCAGUGCUGGAAUAACAGAUUACAUGUUUUUCGUGAUUGGCAUUGAAUCAGCUAAAAUGUUGUUUGAAUGUUCUUUAAAAACGUGAAGUGAUCAAAGCUUGUUUGGAUUAAGUAUCAAGGUCUAACAACACAUGACAUAUUUACUCCAUAACAUGAGAAAAUAUCUUACAUUCUUGGUUGAAAAUGUCACAGAAAAGUGUUUGAUUACUGGUUAGAAAGAACGAAAACAAGAUAGUUCUUUGAGAAAAUAGUAGGGGUUUUUGUUUUUGUUGUUUUUGUAUUUUUGAAGUCCGAUGUAAAGCACGAGCAAUGUUUAAUCUGCCUUUUUAUUCUGAUAAAUCUCGAUCUGUGUUUGGUUUAUUUUUCUUCUUUUUCUUUUUUUGUAUUGGUACUUUUUAUUUGAAAAGAAAAAGAAUCUGCCUCUGUAAUGUCAAGAUUUGUAUUUGGAUAAUUGAUUUGCACAUGAAAGGCAUGUACUGUAAAACUUUAAAUCGGGAUGCUGGGGGGGAGGGGGUGUUCCCUUUGUGCUCUGCAUGUGAGUUUGAUGUGAAAUGAACCGGUCAGUCCAGUUGCAGACUCGUUCGUACGGUUGAUAUCUCAGUUUAGGAUAUAUUUUCAUAUGAGCUGUUACAUUGAGUGAGAAAAAUCUUGUAUCAUGAUGAAUUUCAUCCAGAUCUGACAGUAUGCCUCAUUCCUCAGGGUUUAACCGUUUUUAAAUGAAGUGGAAUGGGGGACCUGAGCAUUAAAGUAUUCUCAUACCUCUACUCUUGUUUUUUUUCUUGUUUUGUUUUUUUCAUAAUGCAGUUAGGUCUUUGCAGGCACCUGGAGUAUAUCAGCAUAUUCAUCAAAAUGUUGAAGUGUGUGUGUGUUUGUUUUUCACAACAAUAUGCCAGCUUCAUUUGUUUGACUUUUGAAGCAUUUUAAUAAACAGUCUGUCGGUUUUUAA